CCUAUCUAGCAGUAGCAACUGAUGAUUCAACCCUGCAACCAGUCGCGCUACCCACCUGCGCCUCAGCGCCUUGUGCUUCCACGUUCCGCAUCAAUAACUCGCCUAAUUUCUGCUGCAGCUGACACACCUUUAAGGAACAGCAUCCCACACGCCUUCUUUUGUACUUCCAAUUGGCCAUCCUCAUCCAGCUUAUACGGGUUAGCCAGCAACUCACUGAUAGGUUGUUAGACUGCGGCAAUCAGUAUCUUUUUUUGCGUCGCUACCUUACGUCGUUCCAAAUGACGAGACCCAAGAGAUCACGUGCACCCUUAGGGGACAGAAGCGUCAAUGCCGCGACUCCGAAUGCUGUGAAUCUGGGAAGCAAGGUGUCAACCCAAAUGUGGAAUGAGAUUGAAACAGAAGCCAACGCGCGGAUAGAAGCUAUGCGGGAAUCCUUCAGGGAAAAGGCGAGGAUGAUCACAGAGCAGACAGAAGCACAGAUAAACUCGCUUCCUGAAGAAGUGGCACAGAUGACUGUGGAGGAGUACCUGAAGCAGAAGAAGAUGACACUUGAGGAGCUUCUAAUUAUCCAACACAUCAGCCGGCAAUGACAGGUGUAAGCUCAUCAGUUCCAUAUGGUUGAUCACAAGCUGCAGAGAACUGAUUCCUCGUGUACAGGUCUUCAUUCGUUGCAUUGGGUUACACAGUGGUUUUUGUCACCUUGUAAACUGGGACAAUUAGCAAGCAUUUCUUUCUUUAAGGUGUAGAGAAGCAUGAAGUUGUAAACCUCAGACAAUUGGCAG